CUCUCCCCAUGCAGCCGCAGCAGCUUGCAUUCGCGAUUGCCAGUGGAUGCGAGUGCCUGGCUGACAGGUCGCUUCCAUGUGAUCCCGCCGCUCGAUGGGUUACAAACGGUUGCGUCGUCGUGAUCCCCCGUCUACUUCGUCGAUUCGUCGUGGAGCAGAGGUCAGCAGCAUGACGAGGCAUCGAUGAGAGUGGUCGCGGAUUGGCUUGGACAUUCCCUUGGGGUCUGAUCGUACGGUGGGUGGCGGCAUGCUGCUCAACGGCGUCAUCGGCCGCGGGGUGUCCGGCGGCGGCGGCGUGAUGGCCGGCGGCAAGACGUCCCUGCUCGAGCACCGCGUCACGCUGCUCGUGUCCUUCGCGCUGCUCACCUACUUCCUGUGGAUGGACGUGGCGCUGUACCACCGCAUACAGAGCCUGCAGCUGGUCGGACCCUCGCCCACGCCGGCGCCCUCGAGCCUCUUCUCGCCCUUCACCGGCCUCUCGGUCAAGAUGAUGAUGCUGGACCAGGUCAACAACUACAUCCACGCGCCCCUGGCCAACCUCUUCGACCGGGUGACGCGGUUCACAGAGGUCUUCUACUUCAUCACGCCAAACAUGAUCAGCGUGGCGGGCGUGGUCAGCGCUUUGGCCGCCGCCAAGGUGGUGACCGCCGAGAGCCUGGCCAUGCAGCGGCUCGCCGUGCUCUUGAUGACGCUACGAACAUUCCUGGAUGCCUUCGACGGACAGGUUGCCCGUUCUCGCAUGGGCAUCGUGCGGCUCAUGUCUAUGCGGCAGACGUCGGGCUACAUGGUGGACGGCGUGGCCGACACCAUCGGCUUCGCCGCCUUCCUGGCCGGAUGCUUCCUGCACUUGCGUCGCCGGCUGCUCUCGUCCAAGCACUACCUGCCCAUGGUGCAGCUCGAGGGCGUCGACAAGUCUCUGCCCAAUGGCGGUUCGUCUUUCUCGGUGAUUCAGCACCCAGCCAAGAAGAUAAUGGUCGUGGUGCUCUGUUUUGGUGCCCAGAUGGCCAUCAGUUGCUUCUUCUGGGACCGCUACAUCAACGAAUAUCACAUACUACUGGAGACACCCGGCUCCAGAAAAGAGGCUGCUCAAACAGAGGUGCUGCGUUCUUCCAUGAUGUGGAUCAUUAUGUGGUUCUGGCGCAUCGCCAAUGCUCAUGCGCUGAUGCAAAUGUUCCUCUUUGCAAUCUUCAUCAAUCGUAUGUGGGAGUUCCUGCUGUGGAUUCAAUACAUUGGAUUUGCGGUGCUCGGGACUCUGGUGGUCUUCACAGAAUUUCAUUUAAGGACUAUCCGGAGCUACCUAUUAUGAAAAAAGCAUGCGGGUGCAUGGAAGAGGAGAGGCAGUUCAACACGAAGACCUAGUCGCCAUUCACUAGACGCGUUCCACAACACAUUUGCAGCGGACAGGACUCGAGGCAGCUGUCUUCACACCCCCCACUCUCCUCCCUUGGAUGCUUUCCGCACCUUUCUUCAUCCUUUUUCUUCAGUGGUGCUUAUUUUUCUAUGCUGCGAGAAGCAGUGUUAGUUUGGUGCUGCACUCGGACGCAUUGAUUGCAAGCGCCAGCGUUGGGAGUGACAUUUCAAA